AUGGAGUGGGUACGUGGUGGCCAUGGAAGCUUUGAGAUAGUCGAUCUUGCUAUACCCAGAAGCCAGAGCCCACAAAUUCCUCCAUUAAUGAUCGUGAAAUCUUGUGAUGCUUCGCACUCUGUUUUAGGGUCUUUAGUUGAUGAGCUUAAACAUUCCAGUGAACAUCGGUUAUUGGAAUCAAACAUCCGGCGAUACAUGAAGUCAUUACUAAGAGGACUUCACUAUAUUCACAUGAAUGGCAUGGAAGUAGUAACAGCUGAUGAUCGGAUCCCCAUGUGUCUAUGUCCGAGAAGAAAACGGGAACUGAUCGGAAAUUCCACCGGAAACGGCUCUCUUUUUUAGCUAAUGGUCAGAUUCUGGCAACGCACUGAAUUGGUAGGUUCUCCUAGAAACCCUAAUCCGAUCAUGGUUUCCUAUCAUUUGUUUUUAUAAUUGUGCCCAAAUUGAUGGAUUGAGUGGCUCGAUUCGAUUUUCCAAACCCUAACCCUAGUUUCGUAUAU